ACGCCGCGCCGGUUGGGUUGGUAGGAGUGAUAAGGUGAGGGUGUAUUUAGAGGCCAAGUGUUUUGGUAAACCCGCCACUUCGAUGAGCGACAAACGAGAGACGGGCUUGGUAGACAGUGCGCCCAUCAGACUAUGCCUUCCCCAGCCCGGGAGGAAAGCAAAGGGGAGAGCGGACAGUCGGAGGACGGAGCAGCGCCAGCGGAGAGCGGCGACGCACAGGGAGAGACGGGCAGACGUCUCGUGUGCGCCCUGGAGAUGGAGAUGACCAACUACAGCCUGCAGAGCGACUCCAAAGUGGACUGCGUGAACUACGAUGGCGUGAUCAAUCGGAACGGCGGUGACUCGGCAGAAAUAUCGGUGCCGCUUACCCAGCGGACAGCUCCCAUGGAGGGAGAAAACCUCUACAGACUGCGAGACAGAAAGUUUUUACUGGAGGACAAAAAGCGGCUCUGCGCUAUGGCUUUGGCCACCGCUGUACUCGGGAUACUGCUCAUGAUAAUCCACGCCGAGACGUGUCCCCUCAUCUACAAACCGGGCUCAAACAUUGCCUUAAUCCUCAACUGUUCCAUCAGCCUGUCCACUGGGUGUCUCCUGGUCCUCAUCAUUGCUUUCCAUUAUAAGGACAUCAGGCUAUUCAUCAUUGACCACAACCAGGUGGACUGGCGUAUAGCCAUGACCAGCCACAGGGUUCUUGUGAUCACCCUGGAGUUGUUGGUCUGUGUCAUCCAUCCUGUCGGCACAUACUGGGAGGUGGGCCUCCACGUCAACUCCUCAGCCUCCAUGCCAGCUUCCUCAGUGCAGCCCUGUGUUUCCUACCACCGGGGCGAGGCCGUGAUGGUGGACAUAGAGCUGCUGUUAUCGAUGCUGAUGUUCCUCCGCUUGUACUUGGUGCACAGAACCAUCCUGCUGCACAGCAAAGUGCUGCUGAGCGCCUCCUACAGGAGCAUCGGCUCGCUCAACAACAUCAACUUCACCUUCCGCUUUGUUCUCAAGGUACUGAUGAACAAAUAUCCGGGGCGCACGCUGCUGGUCUUCAUCCUCUGCUUCUGGCUCACAGCGUCUUGGAUGCUUACUCUGUGUGAGAGGAAGACCACCCAACCGACCGGCCACAUGGACACGGCCCUCUGGCUCAUAGCCAUUACCUUCCUCACAGUAGGCUAUGGUGAUGUGUCGCCCUGCACCACCUGCGGCAAGGCUGUGUGUCUCUUCACUGGAGUCAUGGGUGUAGCCUGCACUGCCAUGCUGGUUGCAGUCGUUACCAAGACGCUGGCAUUGAACAAGGGAGAGAAACACGUGCACUUCUUCAUGCUCGACAUCCAGAUCUCCAAAAGGAUCCGCCACGCCGCUGCCAACGUGCUGAGGGAAUGCUGGCUCCUGCACCGCGCAAACCUGACGAAGGGCAACGGCGGCGAACACCGAAGACACCAGAGGUGCCUUCUGGAAGCCAUCAGAGUAUUUCGGCAUUUACGCCUCAAACAAAGGAAACUGAGAGAUUACGUCAGUGAGAUGGUGGACCUCCCCAAGAUGCAGAUGAUCAUGUGCGACCUCAGUGCCAAUUGGAAUAACUCCUACCGGGAGCUGGAGCAGCGCAUCCUCUCCAUGGAGCAGAAGCUGGACGAGCUGAGUCGCUGCUUCCAACAGACGUCUGAGCUGCUGUCUCAUGUCCUGCGUCACCGCAACCCGGAGAUCAGGUGACAUGGCUACAUACACAAAUAGUCUUCAGCAUUUUCAUCUACAGUAUCCAUGAAAGUGAGAUGGUAAAUCCUCUCCACCCAGAGCUGCUCCAGACUCUUAACAUGCUGAACCACUUGGAGGACUGGCAUACCUACUAAAGAUCUCAUCUUCUGGCCCUGUGCUGACUGAGUGCACUGCACAAUGACUCAUAGCUGUAAAACUAUACAGAUAAAAUAAGACUUCCAUUCACUGUGGGGGAAUCACAGUGCGUUCUGAGAAAUCUGUUGUGUUUUCAGCAGCUGUAUUCUGUGAAAAUGCACAAAGAACUGAAUUCGUGUCAAACAGGGAGUGUGGAGAGCCUUGUAAUCCACACCGUCAAAAGGUCAGUCCAAGGCUCGCUAUAGUAACUUAACCGCCAUUUGUAAGGUUUCAUUGAUGGACUCCGUCGCUGCCUUAUUCCUGUGGAAUAAGAUUGUAUUUUUUACAGCUUAACUUUAUUUUGAAUUCCUUGCGAUGUUCUAGUGUAAGUGCCUAAUCAGUUUUGUAAAAAAAUUAAAAAAAUAAAAAUAAUAAAAAAAAACUCUUCUUCAUCAGCAGACAGUUAACUAGUUACCGAGCUGGUUGCUGUUCGCAAACUGGCUUGUUAUAUAGAAUUCAAUAUCUAACAACUCAUAUUUGUUCUGACAUUCUCUAACCCACUGAGUGAAUUGUUAAAGCUACAAGGAUAUUUCAAUUUUUGUUGAUUUUGGCAGCCCCUCUGACAAGAGUAAACUGUGUUUUAGUGGCGUACCACCAGAAUACAAAGCAGACUUUCCUCAAGCUUUAAGAUUCAUCAAUUCAUUCUCAGCACGCUGCCAUUAAAGUAAUUUUAAUUUUAUCUAUCCAACCUGGAAAAGUCGGAAUCCUUCCCAGUGACAGGCAUUUGGAAUAACUAACAAUUAUGCAGAAACUGACAUCUUCUCACUGAUGGUCUAGUUUGAGAUUGAGUUUCAUAACCAGUUGAAUGGUCCUUGUAGUACGUUUAAAGGAAUGUGUUUCGAUGCCCAACCAAAAACAACAAACUAAACUUCAAAUCAAGUAUUGCUGGAUGAAACCUUUAUUUCAAAGUUGAAGUCUGUGGGAUUUUAAGGGAUGUCAACUGAAACUCAUAGAUGAAUGUCCACUUAUAGGGUCAUACUCAUCAGUUUACACCUGUUCUGAGAACAGCGAGUAUACCUUUCCUUGUAAGCUCAUGUUUUAGCAACCCAACAGCUCCAUCUGGUGGAUAAGGAAUUCAAUUAUCACAUCUUGAGGACCCUUAACAUUAAAACUUUAAAGAUUAUAUAACAACCAUUAAAAAAAACAAAAAAAAAAAACAAGUCAUAUGCUAUUU